UUUAGUUCAUGCACACAACGAUCAGUCUAGUAAUUCACCAGCAGUAGUGCUUUCUUUUAUGGGGUGAGGGAAGAUAGCACAACCGAAGCCUUAAUAACACCACACCGUUUUAAAGAAGUGACACAAAACGUCCCGGCUUGGAAUAGAUUAUCUACAAGAUGACUCCAGACAAAUUACGUAUAUCUUGAUAUUCAUCACCUACCGACCGUAGCAUGGAUUUGACCAAUUGUACCAAUGUGAAUGGUUCCUCUGAAGAACCUACUGAAGGACCAACAAGCAAGAUCUUGAUAUCCCUCACACUCUCUGUGCUUGCUGUAAUGACGACGGCCAUCAACUCCCUCGUGAUCACAGCAAUAAUAGUGACGAGGAAGCUGCACCACCCAGCUAACUAUUUAAUAUGCUCCCUUGCAGUCACUGACUUUCUGGUGGCCAUUCUGGUGAUGCCCUUUAGCAUUGUGUACAUCGUCAAGGAAACAUGGAUCAUGGGUCAAGUGGUGUGCAAUAUCUGGCUCAGUGUUGAUAUCACAUGCUGCACCUGCUCCAUCCUGCACCUGUCUGCCAUAGCUCUGGACAGAUACAGGGCUAUCACAGACGCAGUCGAGUACUCAAGAAAAAGGACACCCAAACACGCUGCCCUUAUGAUCUCGGUGGUGUGGGUUAUCUCCAUUUUCAUUUCCAUGCCACCGUUGUUCUGGACAGCCAACAAGGAGGAUGAAUGCCUCAUAAAGCACAGCCACAUCGGCUUUGCCAUUUAUUCCACCUUUGGCGCCUUUUACAUCCCGUUAGCCUUGAUUCUCAUCCUCUACUACAAAAUAUACAGGGCGGCCAAAACCCUCUACCACAAGAGAAGCGUAAGCCGGGUUGCAAAAGAGGAGAUGAACGGCAACGUCUCGCUGGAGUCCACAGAAAAGAGUUCAAAGAACAACCCAUCCAUCCUGUGCAUCCCAGAGAAAUCCUUAUCCGAACCUUCCACCGAUGGAGACAAGAUCCACAUCACUGUCAGAAACCCCAAAUGUGAAACCCAGAGAGAGAAGUCUUGGAAGAGGCAGAACAUUUCAAGUGCCCGAGAGAAGAAAGCAGCCACAACUUUGGGUCUGAUUUUAGGGGCAUUUGUAAUAUGUUGGCUACCUUUCUUUUUGAAAGAAGUCAUCGUCAACAUUUGCAUGAAUUGCUACAUCUCUGCAAACAUGUCAGAUUUUCUGACAUGGCUGGGAUACCUCAAUUCUCUCAUCAACCCACUGAUUUACACCAUCUUCAAUGAGGAUUUUAAAAAAGCCUUUCAGAAGCUGAUCAAGUGCAGACAUUACCUUUAAUGCACAAAGGUGGUAUUUCGGGGAUAAAGACUAGUGCUUGGGACUGCAGAACCAAAACUAUUUGAAAUGAUUGCUUUAUUUACAAUAUCUAUUACAGUGACUCCAGAUCCUAGCAAAAUAUGGAUCCCCAGCAUAACAACAGAAUUUGCUGUAUUUGUAAAACAUUUAUUAAUUAUAUUGUUCUAUUUUUUUUUUUAAUCAGUAUUGGUAACGUACACAAUACUGCAUCCCCUUUUAUCUACAGUUGUGAAAAGGUAUGUUUUAUUAUUGAUGAACUGUACUAUAAAGGGAAGGAGUACAGCUCUGCACUGUGCAGUUACUCCAAUACCUGAAUGAUCUUUGAAGUCAAUGAAACAACAUUUGGACACAGCCUUCCAAAAUAUUGAGACUUCACAUACAAAUUGUUGGUGUUCUGGAAUCACAAUAGACAGCAGUGUUACUGUUUGAAAUGGAAGUACUCCAGAUCUAUUGCAGCUUUUCUUGUUGUGGAUGAACAUAUGUUUUAAUGGCAUUUUUCAGUUUAUUUUAAUGUUUAUUUUAAAAAAAAAUUUUAUACCACUAUUCAUGCAACCUUCCACAACCCCAAACACACCACCCCAUUUGAAAAAAGUGUAAUAAAUGUGUUAUCAAUCUACACAGCUUUAAUUUAAAAAACACAUAAACCACACCUUUGGAAAAAUAAGCAUUGUAUCUCACCCAAGUACUAACCAGGUCAAACUCUGCUUAGUUUCUGAGACUUGACAGGAUUGUGAUGCUGCAGAUAUUAAUUGACGCUGCUGGCUUCAAAUUUGAUAAACAGAUUUGUAUUCAACGAUUGUCUUGUUCUACAUAUUGUGAAUGUAGGUCAUUGGGUUACAGACACACGAUUGGUGAAUCUUUGUUAGCAGAAAUGAUUCCAUGGUAUAAAGCAAACCAAUAGGAAGUAUGAAGUGUGGAGUGGGUUAAUGCACUAUGCUGUGCCACAUGGAAUGCUUUGUUUUUAUUAAUAAUAACCCAGAUGUCUUAAACAUCAGGAAAGACCUACAGUGAUAUUUCAUUUGUAACAGCUGUGGAAAUGAUAUGGGAAUUAAUUCAAGAAAAAAGUCAAACCAGGAAAAAAUUUACAUUUCAAAGCUGAGAAAGACACAACUUCAUUAAAACACCAGUAAGAUAUCUGACAGGGAUUAAAAUAACCAUGUUUACAAUAUGAAAGACACAUUAUUAGCACUGUCAUGACAUAUUAAAUACCAUUAUUUUUUCAGGUCCUCAUUCAAAAACUGAUUUUGCAUCAA